UCUACUAAAUACUACUUCAUAGGCUGUCUGCGGAUAACUACCAAAUUUUCUAACUACUAAAAGAACUCUACUGAGUUAAAAAUGUUACAAAAAUAAUAAUCUGAGACUGAAAACCUGUCUCCGUGUAUGUUUUAAAACCAUAUUUACAUUCAUUUAUUAUAAGAAAAAAAAACUAUAAAACGUAAACAGCUAGGUAAGGUUGCGGGUUGCGGUCUACUCUUCGAGAGUAUUAAUUGGAAUUAUAUCCACUAAUUUUUUCAUGUGACCUCACCUCAAAAAAUCACAUGGAUUUAAAACUGGUGAUCGUGGUGGCCAUGCAACUGAACCUUGGCCCCCAAUAAUCCAUCUCUUGGGAAAACGGUUAUUUUCACGUUCAACAUUCAGUACAAAUAAUUACACCUAACAAGGACAAAGAGACACACUGAACGACUCGUGAAAAUCAAGUGGGGGAAAAUGCAAGAAAGAAUUUUAGAGACAAAAUUUCUUUGGUCUUCAAAUUAACGAAUUAUUUUAGUGGUUACCGGAUCUACUAGUUAUCAGCAAACACUCUGUAUUGUUUUGUGGUUAAUGAUUACACCAGAACUUAAUUAAGAUUUGAGACGCAUACUUCAAAUCAAAUCUCUUUAUAAGUCCAUAUAUUCCAGGUUAUAGGAAAUGGCGCCAGGUUGGCGAUGGACGAAUGCCAACAUCAAUUUAGGAAUAGUAGAUGGAAUUGUACAGCGUUUCCCGAAAAAAAUGUAACGUUUGGAAAUGUGAUCACAAUUAGAAGUAGAGAAGCUGCGUACUUAUCAGCAGUAUCAGCAGCAAGCGUAGCUUUCGCAGUGACGCGAGCGUGUUCGAAAGGAGAUUUAACAGACUGUUCCUGCGACACAAGAAUCCGCCAGAAAAAAUCGCACAAAUGGAAGUGGGGCGGCUGUUCCGAAGACAUCAAAUACGGAGAGAAAUUUAGCCGGGAAUUUUUAGAUUCGAAAGAGGAUGCCAACACAGCAAAUGGACUCAUGAAUCUUCACAACAACGAAGCAGGAAGAAGAGGUGUUAAAUCGAGGAUGGUUCGUACUUGUAAAUGCCACGGAGUGUCUGGUUCUUGCAGUAUGCAGAUUUGCUGGAGGCGUCUUCCGCCUUUUCGACAGGUCGGUGAGGCUCUUUUCCAAAGAUACGAAGGGGCUUCUCAUGUGAAAUUCGUCGAGAGGAAGUGGAGGAAGAAACUGAAAGCUGUCAGUCCGGAUCUGAAAAAACCUAACAAAACGGAUCUAGUGUAUCUGGAUGAUUCUCCCGAUUAUUGCGAGAAAAAUGAAACGCUCAGUAUUUUGGGAACUCAUGGUAGAAUAUGCAAUCGGACCAGUCAAGGAAUUGACGGUUGCAGAUUGCUUUGUUGUGGCAGAGGCUACCAAACGAGAGUCCGCGAAGUCGAAGAAAAAUGCAAGUGCCACUUCGUGUGGUGCUGCAACGUUGUCUGUGACAUUUGCAGGUAUAGGAGAGAAGAACACGUUUGCAACUAGACUAUGAACUGACGAUCGACUGAAGAUACCGAAGACUACGACAUUAUACUCAGAAAACGUCCUCAUCUUAUUAACAUGAUAACAAAGAGAGAACUCUUCAUUUUCCAUUUUUCAAACUGUAGAUAAUUGUAAUAACUCGUUUUCUCAAAAUUUGUCUGUUUAGAAUUAGAUGGUAGACGUUUUAUACAAUUUUAGAAUCCAAAAAAUCGUAGACAUUCGUUGCAAUUUUCUCAACCUCACGACUGCUUCGACCAUUCUCAUCCAAUAAUUGUAUCAUCACGUUGUAUAUUUAUUUAUGUGUUUGCACCUAGUACAUAAAAUAAUUUUAAUAAUGUGAAAUGUAUUGAGAUUUAUAUAGAUCUGUACAUAGAUUUUUAAUAUAUUUAUUAGGUACUUAACUGUAGUAAAGCUAAGUUCAUUGUACAUAGUAACAUAGUUAAUUUAAACAUAAACGUAAUUUAUGUCGUGUUCAAUCAAAAUAUUAAAACAAGCUCAUCUAUGAACUACUCUGGUGAUAAAAUUUAUUUUUCCAGUGUAUUACAUGUGCCAUAAAAUCCAUUCGAUCCGUCGAUUUAUCUUAUAAACUCUUUUGUCUCUACUGUGUUUACAAAAAUCAAUACCGUAAGAAAUUAUUAUUAAUAAACUCUUUGUGUACAAAUAA